AAAUUAAAGAAACAAGACAAAAAAAAAGGAGAAAAAGUGAAGUCAGAUUCGGGCGGAAGGAAACUGAAGUUUAUAAUCGGAUGUGUUUACAUCGGAUUGUUUAAAUUUCCUUGUACGAAAAUGGUAGUGAAUUUUUUAAGCCAGAUGUCAGAAUCAUUCUGGUCGUCAGACGUAUGGUUACCUCCUGGAGUCACCUGGAAAGAUAUCGAACCUAAUGAGCAAAAUCAACAUAUUGCGUAUCCCCGCUUUAGUGACAUUUGGUAUCCUGUUUUAUUUUCAUUUGCUCUCACUUUUCUCAGGCUGUUAUUUGAAAAGUAUGUUUUCUUUCCGUUGGGCAUAGCCAAUGGUUUGAGACCUGUCAGACCAUGGAAGGGACAGGCUCCUGACAAUCCUGUACUUGAGAAGGCCUUCCUUGUUGCCCGAAAAGGCAGAUUGAACUACAAACAGAUUCAAGGACUUGCAAAGCAGUUGGAUUGGUCUGAGCGGCAAGUGGAAAGAUGGAUACGUAUGAGAAGAAUGAUGGACCGCCCCUCAACACUUGUCAAGUUCAUGGAAUGUGGCUGGAGAUUCAGUUAUUAUGGAUUUGCAUUUGUCUAUGGAGUGUAUACCCUAUGGGAUAAACCAUGGUUUUGGGAUAUCAACGAGUGCUGGUACACUUUUCCACAUCAGGGAGUGACAAAUGAUGUGUGGUGGCACUAUAUGAUGUCACUCAGUUUCUAUUGGUCUCUACUCUUCUCUAUGUUUGAGGACAUCAAGAGGAAAGAUUUUUGGGAAAUGUUGACUCAUCAUUUUGUUACCAUUAUCCUGUUGGUUUUAUCGUGGACGUGCAACUUGAUUCGAGCAGGGACCCUAGUUCUUGUGAUACACGAUUGCGCCGAUAUUUUCUUAGAAUUGGCAAAAAUGAUGAAGUACAUCAAGUGGCAACGUACCUGCGAUGUAUUGUUUGGCAUUUUCACGGUUACCUGGAUAGGUACGCGGCUGGUGAUUUACCCAUAUUGGUUCCUUUACAGUACGUGUAUUGGUGCCAAGAAGAUUGUGCCCAUGUUUCCUGCGUACUACAUUUUCAACUCGUUGUUACUUAUGUUACUGCUUUUGCACAUCAUCUGGACGUAUUUCAUACUUAAAGUAUUAUAUCGAGCCAUCCUUUCAGGACAGAUGGAAAAAGAUUCGCGCAGCUCAUCCAGCGAAUAUUUCAGCGAAGAUAAUAGUAAAUCUGGCAAUUCAUCAGCCUCGCCCACGACUCCAUCCAAGCGAUUGCCAGUAAAGUUAGGCAGUCACAGUCGAGAACACAAAAAUUCCAAAUAGUCGAAAUGAUCGUGGUCCAAUAAAGUUCAGAGUAUUUGCUGAGCCUAAGCCUUUUUCUCUUGUAAUCACAUGGCUUGAGAAACAUCAAAUACGGUAUGGUUUCAAGUAUGAAAAAGUAUGAAUAUUCUUAAAUAAACGUAGGCAUAUUGUUUUUACUAAAAAGUGGAUGGAAAUCGUUUCGUUUCCUAAGAACGGAAUAACUGCACUAUCAUAAUUUUUUGGAGUGUGUGUGUGUGUGUGUGUGCGUGUGUGUGUGUGUGUGUGUGUGUGUGUGUGUGCAUCAAUCUGUGGUCGAUGUUCGGUAUUCAGCAGCGUCUUGUCCUGCUGGUCUUUGUUGAGGUAUUUCACUUCCCACUACUGACCUUCUCCUCUACUUCUUUUCGUUUUUUAAAUAGCCCAUUUUUGCCCCUACCCUCCUCUGCAGUUGUCUUCCCCAAAGUUAUCUGAUUAACCGUAUGAUGUGCAUCAGCAGCAGUGCCUUUACUUACGCAAAGCAAAAAGAAAUCGCUUCAUCUGCCGAUCUAAUUCUUCCGCCAAGUUGUUUUCCGUUUGUUUAUGAAUUGCUGUAAUAAAACAGUUUCGAUG